GAGACGUUGGGUGAAGAUCUUGGCGGGGAAGAGAGGUAGAGGGUUGCGGAGGGCAGGUGAAGUGUUCUUUAUUGGGAGCUUAGUUUUUGCCACUCCCAUGGUUCAAGCUUUGACUACAACCAGAAUUCAGAGGCAGGCAGAAGGAUUCCAGUGCUGGAGAGGCUGCUGGUGGGUGCUCCCCAGGCCAUGGCUCUUCCUGGGCAGCAGGCGAAUCGCACUGGAGGCCUCUUCGCUUGCCCGUUGAGCCUGGAGGAGACUGACUGCUACAGAGUGGACAUCGACCAGGGAGCUGAUAUGCAAAAGGAAAGCAAGGAGAACCAGUGGUUGGGAGUCAGUGUUCGGAGCCAGGGGCCUGGGGGCAAGAUCGUUACCUGUGCACACCGAUAUGAGGCAAGGCAGCGAGUGGACCAGAUCCUGGAGACACGGGAUAUGAUUGGUCGCUGCUUUGUGCUCAGCCAGGACCUGGCCAUCCGGGAUGAGUUGGAUGGUGGGGAAUGGAAGUUCUGUGAGGGACGCCCCCAAGGCCAUGAACAAUUUGGGUUCUGCCAGCAGGGCACAGCUGCCGCCUUCUCCCCUGAUAGCCACUACCUCCUCUUUGGGGCCCCAGGAACCUAUAACUGGAAGGGUGAGUCACUCCUCGGGAAGGGGAGAAGGGGACCAAAACCUCCUCUUACCUCAGAGACAGGGUUGGGGAUGGCACAUGGCCAAGCAUGACCACAUGUGCACUGCUGUAUGGCCCCAGGGCACUGCCAUGCCUUCCACCCCAUUGAGCUAGUGCACACGUGAAUGGGGGGUGCCUCCUUUCCCUCGCACGGCCAAGUGUUCCUCAACAUGCUGGCAUGGGCCCCAAGUGCACGCUGGGCCUGCAGCUGGGGCCUGCAGCUGGGGCCUGCAUGCUCCAACACACUAGCCCACACCUCAUCACUGCCAUUCCCGUCUCCGCACGCUGCUGCUGGCUGAGCUGACACUCGGCACCGCCAGGGUGGAGCUCUGUGCACAGGGCUCAGCGGACCUGGCACACCUGGACGACGGUCCCUACGAGGCGGGGGGAGAGAAGGAGCAGGACCCCCGCCUCAUCCCGGUCCCUGCCAACAGCUACUUUGCUCAGACCCCGACCAGCUGGUGUAUAAAACUUUGGACCCUGCUGACCGGCUCCCAGGACCAGCCGGAGACUUGGCCCUCAAUAGCUACUUAGGCUUCUCUAUUGACUCGGGGAAAGGUCUGGUGCGUGCAGAAGAGCUGAGCUUUGUGGCUGGAGCCCCCCGCGCCAACCACAAGGGUGCUGUGGUCAUCCUGCGCAAGGACAGCGCCAGUCGCCUGGUGCCUGAGGUUAUGCUGUCUGGGGAGCGCCUGACCUCCGGCUUUGGCUACUCACUGGCUGUGGCUGACCUCAACAGUGAUGGCUGGCCAGACCUGAUAGUGGGUGCCCCCUACUUCUUUGAGCGCCAAGAAGAGCUGGGGGGUGCUGUGUAUGUGUACUUGAACCAGGGGGGUCACUGGGCUGGGAUCUCCCCUCUCCGGCUCUGCGGCUCCCUUGACUCCAUGUUCGGGAUCAGCCUGGCUGUCCUGGGGGACCUCAACCAAGAUGGCUUUCCAGAUAUUGCAGUGGGUGCCCCCUUUGAUGGUGAUGGGAAAGUCUUCAUCUACCAUGGGAGCAGCCUGGGGGUUGUCGCCAAACCUUCACAGGUGCUGGAGGGCGAGGCUGUGGGCAUCAAGAGCUUCGGCUACUCCCUGUCAGGCAGCUUGGAUAUGGAUGGGAACCAAUACCCUGACCUGCUGGUGGGCUCCCUGGCUGACACCGCAGUGCUCUUCAGGGCCAGACCCAUCCUCCAUGUCUCCCAUGAGGUGUCUAUUGCUCCACGAAGCAUCGACCUGGAGCAGCCCAACUGUGCUGGCGGCCACUCGGUCUGUGUGGACCUAAGGGUCUGUUUCAGCUACAUUGCAGUCCCCAGCAGCUAUAGCCCUACUGUGGCCCUGGACUACGUGUUAGAUGCGGACACAGACCGGAGGCUCCGGGGCCAGGUUCCCCGUGUGACGUUCCUGAGCCGUAACCUGGAAGAACCCAAGCACCAGGCCUCGGGCACCGUGUGGCUGAAGCACCAGCAUGACCGAGUCUGUGGAGAUGCCAUGUUCCAGCUCCAGGAAAAUGUCAAAGACAAGCUUCGGGCCAUUGUAGUGACCUUGUCCUACAGUCUCCAGACCCCUCGGCUCCGGCGACAGGCUCCUGGCCAGGGGCUGCCUCCAGUGGCCCCCAUCCUCAAUGCCCACCAGCCCAGCACCCAGCGGGCAGAGAUCCACUUCCUGAAGCAAGGCUGUGGUGAAGACAAGAUCUGCCAGAGCAAUCUGCAGUUGGUCCGCGCCCGCUUCUGUACCCGGGUCAGCGACACGGAAUUCCAACCUCUGCCCAUGGAUGUGGAUGGAACAACAGCCCUGUUUGCACUGAGUGGGCAGCCAGUCAUUGGCCUGGAGCUGAUGGUCACCAACCUGCCAUCGGACCCAGCCCAGCCCCAGGCUGAUGGGGAUGAUGCCCAUGAAGCCCAGCUCCUGGUCAUGCUUCCUGACUCACUGCACUACUCAGGGGUCCGGGCCCUGGACCCUGCGGAGAAGCCACUCUGCCUGUCCAAUGAGAAUGCCUCCCAUGUUGAGUGUGAGCUGGGGAACCCCAUGAAGAGAGGUGCCCAGGUCACCUUCUACCUCAUCCUUAGCACCUCAGGGAUCAGCAUUGAGACCACGGAACUGGAGGUAGAGCUGCUGUUGGCCACGAUCAGUGAGCAGGAGCUGCAUCCAGUCUCUGCACGAGCCCGUGUCUUCAUUGAGCUGCCACUGUCCAUUGCAGGAAUGGCCAUUCCCCAGCAACUCUUCUUCUCUGGUGUGGUGAGGGGCGAGAGAGCCAUGCAGUCUGAGCGGGAUGUGGGCAGCAAGGUCAAGUAUGAGGUCACGGUUUCCAACCAAGGCCAGUCGCUCAGAACCCUGGGCUCUGCCUUCCUCAACAUCAUGUGGCCUCAUGAGAUUGCCAAUGGGAAGUGGUUGCUGUACCCAAUGCGGGUUGAGCUGGAGGGCGGGCAGGGGCCUGGGCAGAAAGGGCUUUGCUCUCCCAGGCCCAACAUCCUCCACCUGGAUGUGGACAGUAGGGAUAGGAGGCGGCGGGAGCUGGAGCCACCUGAGCAGCAGGAGCCUGGUGAGCGGCAGGAGCCCAGCAUGUCCUGGUGGCCAGUGUCCUCUGCUGAGAAGAAGAAAAACAUCACCCUGGACUGCGCCCGGGGCACGGCCAACUGUGUGGUGUUCAGCUGCCCACUCUACAGCUUUGACCGCGCGGCUGUGCUGCAUGUCUGGGGCCGUCUCUGGAACAGCACCUUUCUGGAGGAGUACUCAGCUGUGAAGUCCCUGGAAGUGAUUGUCCGGGCCAACAUCACAGUGAAGUCCUCCAUAAAGAACUUGAUGCUCCGAGAUGCCUCCAUAGUGAUCCCAGUGAUGGUAUACUUGGACCCCAUGGCUGUGGUGGCAGAAGGAGUGCCCUGGUGGGUCAUCCUCCUGGCUGUACUGGCUGGGCUGCUGGUGCUAGCACUGCUGGUGCUACUCCUGUGGAAGAUGGGAUUCUUCAAACGGGCGAAGCACCCCGAGGCCACCGUGCCCCAGUACCAUGCGGUGAAGAUUCCUCGGGAAGACCGACAGCAGUUCAAGGAGGAGAAGACGGGCACCAUCCUGAGGAACAACUGGGGCAGCCCCCGGCGGGAGGGCCCGGAUGCACACCCCAUCCUGGCUGCCGACGGGCAUCCCGAGCUGGGCCCCGAUGGGCAUCCAGGGCCAGGCACCGCCUAGGUUCCCAUGUCCCAGCCUGGCCUGUGGCUGCCCUCCAUCCCUUCCCCAGAGAUGGCUCCUUGGGAUGAAGAGGGUAGAGUGGGCUGCUGGUGUCGCAUCAAGAUUUGGCAGGAUCGGCUUCCUCAGGGGCACAGACCUCUCCCACCCACAAGAACUCCUCCCACCCAACUUCCCCUUAGCGUGCUGUGAGAUGAGAGUGGGUAAAUCAGGGACAGGGCCAUGGGGUAGGGUGAGAAGGGCAGGGGUGUCCUGAUGCAAAGGUGGGGAGAAGGGAUCCUAAUCCCUUCCUCUCCCAUUCACCCUGUGUAACAGGACCCCAAGGACCUGCCUCCCCGGAAGUGCCUUAGCCUAGAGGGUCGGGGAGGAGGUUGUGUCACUGACUCAGGCUGCUCCCUCUCUAGUUUCCCCUCUCAUCUGACCUUAGUUUGCUGCAUCAGUCUAGUGGUUUCGUGGUUUCGUCUAUUUAUUAAAAAAUAUUUGAGAACAAAA